AGGAGCUGGGAGACGAAGUGGGCGAGCGGAGGCAGAGCACCGUGGGGGGGUCAGAGCGCCAGAGAGCCGGCGGUCCGCAGAGACAGCAGGACAGGAGGCAAGGCAGAGGACAUUUGGUGAGGAAUUAAGCCCCUACCGUGCGUUGACGUGAGGACGGAGUCUCCAUUUAAGAAGACAAGCGCUGGGAGGAUUUAAAAAAGGGGAAUUUAAAGCUCUAAGAAGUCGUCAGGGUGGGACGGAAUAAUCCAGGAAGUGUCGGUCAGGUGGGAGGCGACGAGUUGGGGACAGGUGACACACCGGCGCUCAGGUUUAUGAUCUCUGGCCUCUCAGAAAAGGACAAAGGAGGAAGGGACAGCAGUGUGAGAGACUGACAGCAGGCAGCAUCGUCUCCUGGGUUUAUGGACUGGAGGUUGCUUCAACUGAGAUCCCCGAUUUACCUUCUGCUGUGCCGCCAUCCAUCUACCUGUUGGGUGCCCUCUGCUCCGAGGAAGGAAAGGAGACAGUGUUUAUCGGAAAGAGAGCGAGUGACAGAAUGCUCGAGAGCGGUAGACAUCCCCAAGGACGAGCACUUGUCCUCGACCUCUGACAACCAGAUCAAACCUUCAACCUGCACCCCUGUAAGGAAACAGGUGGUUUUGAACGGCAGCGAGAAAACGAGCAAAGAGUGAAGACGUAAAAAUGGAUACCACGAGACAGAGGCUGCUUCGUCUCCAAGGGACUGUGCCCAUAAAGAUGGGCAAGGUGGCGAUGUCUCCAGGAGAGGACGGCCUGAUUGGGAUCCCCUUCCCGGAGCACAGCAACGAGCUCUUGUCCCACCUCAAUGACCAGCGCAGGACGGGACUCCUAUGUGACCUCACCCUUACCUCGCGCGGGGCUCGCUACCCGACACAUCGCUCCGUCAUGGCAGCCGUCAGCCUCUACUUCCGCCGGCUGUUUGGAGCAGAGGAAGGCGGCGGGGAGGGCGGCAGGGGGUUCAGUGUUUGCCAGCUGGACUGUGUGGCUCCUGACGCCUUGGACGCCCUGCUGGAGUUCGCCUACACUGCCACGCUUACCAUCCCCAGCUCCGGGAUGAGAGACGUGCUGCGAGGCGCUCAACUUCUGGGCAUCCAGUGUGUAGCCGAUGCCUGCAGAGACAUUCUCGGAGAGACCGGGGAGGCCGAGGGGGAGACCGCGGGGGAGCAGCGACCUCCGCAGACGACUAGUGAGAGGACGGUAGAGAUAGCAAAUGUUGUAGAGAAAAUAUCCAGAAGGAAAACGGACAGAAAGAAGGUGAAAAAAGUUGGCUUACCUCACAACUUCUCACCUUUGAACCCGCUGCCCGCCUCUCCUGCCUCUCACCCUUCACCAGCAUCCGACAGCUUUCGCUCCCUGCCGCCCACCCAGCCUCCCAGCCCCGAACCAGAGGAGCUUCACCCCAAACUUGGGCAAAACGGGGAUCCAAGAGCCAUCCGAGAACCUGGGAGAGGGGCCACACUAAACGGAGGGCUCCUCCACUGGGCACAAGAGCGACCUCUCAUAGCCCACCAGCCCCCAACCCAGAGCGACAAGCUGUCUGAGGACGACGACAUGGAGGGCUUGGGCGACGACAUGAUGAGAUCCAGCUCCUUCCCCAGCUCUGUAGCAGAUCGAGGUGCCGCCACAUCAGUAGCCGGAGGCGGGAGGAAGAGGAAGUCUCAAACCCCCCAGCAGUGUCCAGUCUGUCAGAAGAUUAUUCAUGGAGCCGGGAAGCUGCCACGCCACAUGAGGACGCACACCGGGGAGAAACCCUUCCAGUGCUCCGCCUGUGGAGUUCGCUUCACACGCAAUGACAAGUUGAAGAUCCACAUGAGGAAACACACCGGCGAGCGCCCUUACACCUGUUCCCACUGCCCUGCACGGUUUCUCCACUCAUAUGACCUCAAAAACCACCUGUCGCUCCACAGCGGGGCGCGGCCCUUCGAGUGCCCGCUCUGCCACAAAGCCUUCGCCCGAGAGGACCACCUUCAGCGCCACCGCAAGGGUCACAGCUGCCUGGAGCUGCGCACUCGUCGGCCCAGGCGGGGCCCUGAGCUGGGAGAGGACGGCGGUGAGAAAGAAGGCAGCCCUCUGUCUCUACAGGCGCACCCCUCUGUGUUUCACCCUCGCUCGGUUCUAGAAGGCGGAGGCGGGAGCGGCUCCAUCAGCGGACCUUCGCUGAUAUUCCCAGGCGGCAUCGACAGGGAAAGGUCGCUGGCCCUCCAGGCUCUGGCUCAACUUGCCCCGCAGAGGCUGGCCGGCUACCCCGAGCUUUUUCUGCGAGGUCUCGACAUGCAAGGCGGAAGAGAUUCGGAGAGGGAAGAUCCUGGAGGAACUCGCUCUCCGGCGCUGCAGCAUGACAGAUGGGCUGAUGACAUGGAAGAUGAAGAAGUAGAAGAAGGGGAAUAGUAGAAAAAAAACUUUGUGGUAAACAUCCACAGUAAAAAAAAUUAAUAUAAUUAUCUCAGGUGGCUGGACUAAUGACCUGCUCCAUAAAGAGAGCACUUAAAACUUAUCAAAAUACAUUUUAAAAAAAAGGAAAAACGGGUUUUCUGAGAUAUUCUUAAUGUUGGUCUUCUGGUUUUUGGCAUUUUGUUUAUGUUUGCUGUUCAAGUAUUUUAGGUUUGAUUUGUCUCUAAUACUUCUUUUCUUGCUGGUGUUUGUUGAAUAUCUGCUCACCAGGACGCUUCUUACUAUGCAAACUAAAAUCCAGGGCUUCAGAGUGGAGAAAUAUUUAAAGAUGUGUAUUUUUGUUGAUUCAGAUGCAGUUUGAAAUUCAUAUCGCCUAAAAGAUCACAGUAAGGUUUGUGUGUCCGCUGUCCUCUGGUGGCUAUCAGUGGAAAUACAGAGUAAUUUAAUCAAGCUCAUUCCUUGGGUUAAAAGCAAUAAUUUUGUUUUUGUUAGUGGUUCGAUCUAUGCUUUAUUUUGGUGCUGAAACCAAAGAUCUGCUGGGGGUUUUUCUUGUUUUGCAGAAAAAGAGAGAGUGGAUGAGUUGUAGCCAAUGUUGGGUUUGAAGAGAAGAUUCUUCCCAACUCUUUUGAAAAGCCAUGAGAAAGACUCUACUUAGUUUUUCAGAGCCAAGGUGCUCUGAGCUAAAUGCCUGACCAAAAACAAAAUGACAAAGUCUGGAUCAGUGGGUUGAUUCUGGUAAAACAUGCAGCUUUUAUCAGUCUUCCUCUGCUCUCAUUUAUGUUCUUAAAACAAAUAAGUGUGGCAAAAUGUUGGGAUUACUGAGACAAUAUACACCCCUUCUGUGUAUUUAUUUAUUUAUUGCUAUUUAUUAUGGCCGUCUUAGGACCACAUCCAUCCUGAACCCAGAUCAGAGCCCAGUCUUUCUCAAAAACCUAUGAGAACCCGCACUGAUGAUUUUUGCUCAGCAACCCCCAUAUCCUCAAACGCCUUGUUUUUUCAAAAGGCUGAUUGUCUUUUUUUAAGCCAUUCUUCCUCAAAUGCAUUCUUUGCACAUUUAACCUACCAGGUUCUGCAGUAAAACCGGCACAUUCCUCCCUUCAGAAGGCAACACAACGGACCAGAGCAAAGACAUUGGAGGUGGGCGGCGGGGUUAAAAACUCCUGGAACUUGAACACAGAUUGAUUUUCCUGUCGUUAACUAAGUGUGGACAAUAUGCAUCAUGCACAUUGUAGUUCUUGUAGUUUGGCUGUGACUAAAAGGGGCCAUUACCUUUUUGAGUUUAUUCAUCUCUGACCAAAAACUUCAUGCUUUCCAUGGCUUUCUUGCCUCAUGUUGUGCAAACAUUAAUGGCUUUUUUUUUUCUGUUGUUAUUCUCAAUAAAAUCCAUCAUGUAGCAUAUGUGCUCUUCUGGCCUUGGGUGCACUAUACCCUGUCUUUGCUGUUUUGGAACUCCCUGUUUCCAUUUUAUUUGCACUAUGAGAUUGGAGAGCUUCAAGCUUUUUGACCAACUUUCAAAAUCCUAUCCUUUAACUCUCUCGUCACUAUUUAAAAUUCUGAUUAAGUAGACGGUACCUCUGUAAAGCCCUCAUACAUACUUCAUGACAUUAGUGGAGUUAUAUACAUAUAAAUAUAUGCAUAUAGAUAUAUUUUGGGAUGAAGUUGCCUUAGGGUUUUUUCGUGCUGCAACUAUUCUCAGGAAAUCUUGAGCAAUGCACUAAGUGAUUAUACAAAAUGUCAAAUGGGAAGCAAGCGGUGCUGUAGGAGGAUUGAUACUCUUCAUGCACGUGGGAUUCCAGUAGUUUGAAAUAUUUUUUUUUUUUCUUGUAGAUUUUGUAAUGAAGGAAAUCUUAUGUACAGAUAAAGGUAAUGAAAGUAAACUCCUGGCCUUGCUGGAACCUGUCCUACUGGAAUGGCAGUAUGACGGUUGGUCCUGUGCAUGAAGGGUGUUGGUGCUCCCAAUGAAAAGCUUUGUGAAUGAAUGACGGUUAAACUGAUGUCAGCUGUGAAGUGUGUGUUUAUAUGUGAGCUGUUUGGGUUUUUUUUUUUUUUCCUGGCUUCGGUGAGGGGACGUUAAGGGGUACAGUCCGAAUAGAGACCCCACUAUCAGGGAUGCUUUUUUUUUUUUCUUUCAGUUUUUAGAGGACUCCUUCUCAGAGAUGCAAAUUCAUUUCCCCAUGAUUUGUUUCAGAUGAUGUAAAGAAAAUAAAGUUAUCUAAGCUUGA